GUUCUGCAAAAUCUAUUGUUUUUAAAAAGUAUAUAUGGUAAUAAAGGAUUAUAGAAUUUAGAAAUAGCGAUGCGAUAUGAAAAAAUAUUUUAUUAACUAUCUGUCCAGUAACUGAUGUCCACACUGUGUGAAAUUACAGCUACCUAAACAUGGCUGCUGUUUAGUUCUGUUGACAUUUAAGUUGAGUGUUUAGUUAGUUUAUUUAUUUGAUGGUUUUUUUCCUAAAACACAAUAACUUUUCUGGGCAAUCAUGAUUUUUAUAUGUUCUCCAUCCACCCUGAAAGAGUUAGGUGACAAUCAUGCAAUUUGAGAAUGCAGAUUUCUUCAGUGUUUGGAUUACUUCUGGAUCAAUUGUUAUUUGUUUCACUAUUAUCAUUCUUUCAUGUGUUUGUGGCUGUCGCAAGAAGAUACCUAAGAAUGAAUUACUAGGACUUGCGGGGUUAGUAAAAAUAACCAAUCCUGAUGAGAAUGUCAACUUUAACAUUCCACCUAAUAUUCAGUUAAAUUCUGUAGAAGUGUUUGCUGAUGAUGAACUAAAAAAUGAGAACCAUGAUCUGAACAAAAGAGGUAACAAUGCCGUAUCUACGGCUACUCGGAGUCUUCCUGAUCUUCCAGUUGAUUCAGGAGAAGCAUCUGAAAAGUUAUGGUCCAACACUGAAAACAAUGCAGAUACAAACUCAGAUCUUUAUGCCACUGUAGAAGAUGCUAACCGGAAAAAAAGAAAUUUGACCAGUGGUCUCACUGUUGAUAGCAGUUAUACUCCUAGCCAAACGGAUGACAGCCUUUCACCUUAUGCUCGUCUUAAAGGCGAUCAUUCUUAUGACCAGCUGCAACAAAACGAACAUCCUUAUGCCCAGGUUCGAAAUGGAGGUGCAGUACCUAGUACUUCACAAGAUACUGCCAUAAAUUCAUCUGCUCCAAGGAGUGGUGAAAGGGAACGCGAAGAGGGUAGUAGAAGUAAAACACCAUCAGUUAGUGAGCCUCCUGUUGAUGAGAUUCCAGCUGCAUCAGCGAUUGCUGGGUCUGUUCCAGCCAAUCAUGAUCUCCCUUAUAUGACCCCACCAAUUCCUCAACAGCAUUUCUCUGGUGACUCUCAGGAUUCUGGAAAAGGUUACACCAGUAUAAGCGUGAGGGAACCCCUUGCCACUAUUCUAGCCAGUAGGAGAGGUGAUCCCCACUAUGCUACCGUUUCAGAUGAUUCUGAUGAGAUGUAUGCUGCCAUUGAUGAAAGAAAUACGUCUGGAAGUGAGACAUACGCUCAAAUUUCCCCACCGUCAGUCCUUCCUCUUGUCAUUCAACAUCAGCAGAGUAUAGAUGGUCGUUCAACUUCAAGUGAUGAAUCACCUCGACGUGAGAGGAGACCUGCAAAUUCUCCUCUUCCUGAACCACCGGCUGGUAUUGUAGAUGAAAUGUAUGCAAAAGUGGUUAAAAAACGAUCUCCUGAACACACCCCUAUGCAGGAGAUACCCAAUCCUAUUCCAUCUCCUCCGUGUUCAGUUACUGAUGAAGCUCCUCUAGCAGGUUAUGAAACAGUUGCAGAUCCAAACUAUGAAGAAUUGCAAGAUCAUGAUUAUGCAAGUCUUUCCAGAAGCCGUUAUGAAUCUGUGGAUCCAAAUUACGAAAGCGUUGAGUCAUCUGAACCACCUUACGAGAGAGUCGAGGCCCCUGACUACGAAGUAGUAAUGAGGCAAGGUGGUGAGGAAGUUCCUCACCCUCCCUCUCCACUUCCACCAAAUUCACCAAUAUUACCAAAUAUACCACCAAAUUUUCCCCAGCAAUCUCCAGUUCUUGAUAUUACACGUCAUUCUCCAGUUCUUGAAAUCACACAGCACUCUCCUAUUCUUGAUGUCUCACAUCACUCUCCAGAUUUUCAAGGUUCGCAGCAGGACUCAUCGACAGUUCAACCUCCACAGUCCUUAUCCAUUCCUGAGAUUCCUCAGUCAGUACUUGAUUUGUAUGCUCAGGUGAAUAAGUCUCCUGACAAGUCUGAGAAACAUUAAUAUUUCUUGUUUGAUGAGAAAAUUUAUCUUCCUCAUGUGACUAAUGCUGUCAUAUUAAGAGAUAUAGCAUAGUUUAAGUUGAAAACAAUGAGGUUUAUAUCCUAUUAAGUUAUCAAUACUUCAACCUGUUCUAGUCUUUGCUUUGAAAUGAAAAAAUAAUAUAGUAUUCCUUUUUUAAAUUGUAUCAUGUUAAACAGUUUGGUAUACAUAAUUCAUC